AUGCCCCGCGAUAUUUCGCCACUGCAUGAAUUGAUAGCUCAUUUCUUAAAGGAUAAUGGAUACGGGGAAACUUUAGCACAAUUUGAAAAAGAACACGGCAAACCCAUCCAGCCCAAACUUCUCAACAAUGUUGAAUCAUUAUCAGAUAUAAUAGAGGAUAGAUUAAACUACAACACGUUGGUAGAGGAACUCAACAAAUCGAACAUCGACUCGGUGGCUGAAAAUUUACCACCGGCGUUGAAAGCCAUUGCAGAUUCCCAAUUUGAAGAUUGGAUACUGCCGUUCCCACAUACACCACGUCAACUAGAUGGCAUUAGUGCGUUGAUUCUAUCUAGUGCUUACGAUGCUGCAACUGGAGAUGUUUAUUUUACAACCAACGACGGUCGAGUCUUGCUUAGGAGCCGCGACGAGGAAAUCAAAUCGUUCAAGCUUGGUGAGAUCAUCAAGAAAGUUAUGAUUAUAGACAACCAAGAGACAAUUGCGUUAUUGGCAAUGAGCGGGAUGCUAUAUUUGAAACGUACUAGGAGUUUGGAGAGUAUAUCUCAAUUUGCUACAGGCUCGCGAUUUGUUGUUGAUGCCCAGUAUAUUCGCCUUGGCAAAGAGGACUAUAUUGUCACGUUGGCAUGGAAUAAUUCACUCAAGUUGAGUAGAGUCAAAGCCAAAGAAAAGCAAGUUGAGCAAGUAUCGGAAUUGAAAUUGAAUCAACAGGGCACAUGCUUUGGACUCACUAUAUAUCGUGAUCGAUUGGUUUUGCUAUUGGGCAAAUUAGACAAUACGUUAUUGGAAGUGUAUACACUUGAGGGGGAGGUGGAGGAGGAGGAUGGGAAGAAUAAGUUUGAAUUAAAGUACAAGAUAUCGAUAAAUGACGCCGAGUUUACCACUGCAAGUUUUUCGCCGCGCAGAAUCAUAAUCUGGAAUAGUGGUGAGCACGCCGGGGAGAUUCCCUUGGUGGCGGUGGCUACAUCCCACGAACCAUAUAUGCGUGUUAUUAUAACUUCACUAAUAGAUUUUGACGCCGUCACCAGCACCAGCACCAGCACUGAAAUACGUAGGAAUCAGAUUAUCAGGAAUUUGAAUACAAUGUCUCCCCAGGAUAAAUUUUCCCAACCUAUAAUUGCAUGGAGAUUGGGAACUGAGAAGAACAACAACAACAAGGUCUCAGGGAUAUGGGUUAUGGGGGAUGAUGGAGUUAUAAGAGGUAUGGACGUUGUUAGUGGCGAUGUUGCUGUUGAAUUGAAAGACGACAUCACUAAUACCGGUCAAGGUCAGAGCAAGAGUCAGACGAACCAUGGCAAAAUCAAGGAAUUCAUUGGAUUUGUUGACCAAAAUAGAGAGACUUUGAUUAGCUGUGCUGUUGAUAAACUGAUUACUCAAUGGACGUAA